AUGCCUCCAUGGGUGGCCUCUGUGCCGCGAUCGACGCUUCUGACCAGAAGAAGAGCAAUUGAUCGCUUCCCGCCCAUCUUCCGCUGCCGCAAUGCUGUCGUCGCGACACCUCCGCUUCUCCGCAUCCGCUCUGCGUCAACGCAUGUCUCGCCGACGGCGAUAAAUUUCCGCCCAAAUAUUCCGCCGAAGAACGAGGAUUUGUACAAUGCGCUGUCGGUAUUGAGUGGGACCGCGGAGCAGUACGUGAAUUUGAGUCGGCUGCAAUUGGCGCUCAGAGGGUUGGCGGCGCAGGAUGCGGUUACCAGGAUUGCUGUGCUCGGGCUGAAUAGCCAGGUUAGUGCGCAGAGGCUGGCGAGAUUGUUACUUGCGGAUCCAUUGGGCAAGGAGGAGGGGUGGGAGAGGGAGUUGGAGGAGGGGAACGAGGAGGACGGAAAGGCGGUUUUGCUACGGUUUGGAGACGAAUCCGAUGCGCAUCCGCCGAGCCCUCUCUACAAGAUCCUCUCGGCCCCGUCGAGAAUACUAGGAACGCAUAAUCUUGAGGUCCUUGUCUCAACAUUGAACGUUAAUGUCUCGAGUGCGGUCACAUCGUCGGCGACGGAGAGUUCUGUGGACGUAGUACUGGUACCGAAGCUGCAGGCUACGUCCGCAAGAGGAUUGCCAGUACCCUACCCGGUACACAAGACAUUGAUACUGGGCGAAGGACUUGAUACCGCAAUCGCAUACGGGAGAUUCACGCCGGACAGCACUCGCGACCUGGGGGAUAUGGUCAAAGUAGCCAUUGAGCUCCCUCCACCGGAGAAAUACAUAGAUCCCAGGGAAUCCUCCACAACCUCUGCGGUCAACGUUGGCAUUGGAACCGAAGCUCUGACCGCCCUCCGGACCUCCAUCAAAAACUCCACCACCUACGAACGCGGCUGGUUCAAGAGCGGUCUUCCCACACUAUCAAAAUGGGUCAUUCAAGACCUCCAACCCACCGAACCCAUCAAGCCCGCCCACAAGGCCCUUAUAUCCUCAAUCACAGACGAAGUUGAGGCGAAUAUUACCCGCGAAGAUACCAAACAACUAACCCGCCUCGCGUCCGCAACGGACCAACAGAUUCCGACAGCGAUGAUAGGGUAUCUAGAGUCAUGGGCGGAGAAAUCGCAUACGGAGCUACGAGAUCAGCUCAACGAAGCGUUCGCGUCAAAGAACUGGAGAAAACUAAGCUGGUGGAAAUUAUUCUGGCGCGUCGACGAUGUAGGCAUGGUUACGGAAGAGGUUCUGGAGAGGAGAUGGCUAGUUGAUGCGGAGAAAGAAGCCAUUUACCUUGCGGGGCGAAUGAAGCAGGCCAGCUUCCCGGAAGACGUACGGCACAUCAGCGUCGACGUCCAGGAAGACGCGCAAUCCCCUACGACCGGCUCAGAGUCCCCACCGGCAGAACCUACCAUGGAAAAACCUCGCGUAGAAGUCUCAACAGAAAUCCGCGCACAGCAACCCUGGCCCGCCCUCAUCUCCUCCACUCGAGCCUCCCUCCUCACCGAAACCAUCCCACCCCUCCAAGCCCUCGCACAACGCCUUGUCCUAACGACGCUCUCUACCACGUCCCUUUCCUCCGCACUCUCAGCCCUCCUAUACGUAUCCAUGUCCUCCCUCUCGCUUCUUGAAGCAGGCGCUGUGGCUGCGCUGGGAUUGAUGUUUUCGCUCAGGAGAAUGCAGAAAGUGUGGGAGGGCACGCGGGAGACGUGGCAGGCCAGGGUCAGAGAGGAGGGCCGAAUGACGCUGAAAAGCACAGAAGACCUCGUCAGGUUGAUUGUGAGGCGCAGUAAGUUGGGCGGUCAGGAGGCGGAUGACGGGGUAGCAGAGCGGAGGGCCGCACGCGAGGCUGUGGAGAAGGUGCGCGACGCGCUAAGGAAGAUGGGAGAGUGAGGAGUUAUGUACCUAUAUAUGUAUAUUUCUUGUACUUUGCAAGUGUAUCAUAGCGUCCGCCAUUGGAGAGCGGGGCCACGGAAAGGAAUGACGGACCUUGUCGUCGUUGGACAGCGUCUUGCUGCUCUUUGUCAUCUGUUCGUGCCUAUCUUUGCAAUCGCAUUAGGUAUUCAUGCUUAAUCCCGAGCCUCAAGGAGGUUCGGGCCCUGGC